ACUUGCAGUCACCGGCAGCAUUGGCGCCUUGUAUAAAUCUUGCAAGUAGCUAGCAUAUCCCAGGUUAACUCAGUUUUGCAGCUAUACCAUCAUGUUUAAAAAGGCUAAAAGGUGUAAUUUCAGGCGACGGAAUGAAUCCGAUGACGAUGAAAAGGAGGACGGUCAACAACCGCAGACUGUGCAAGCGCAGCCAUGCGGGCCUACGGUCGAGGAUACUUCAAACCAAUCAAAUAUUCACAAUACAGAUACCUUUGCCGGCAGCAACUUUCCCCUUCAUACUGGAAAUGGAUUUCAGCCCAAUGCUGUGAAGCCCGCUAAAGAGAAGAAGAAGAACAAGGAAAGCCGCGGUGUCCCUAAAGCCAGCUUGCUGAGUUUCCACGAUGAAGAAGAUGAUACGGAGGUGUUCCGAGUGAAGAAGUCCAAUCAUAGCAAGAAAAUCGUCAAACAGCUGAAGAAGGAAUACAAAGAGGACUUGGAAAAAAACAGCCAUGGUAACCAAGACAUCAGCACAGAGGGCUCUGGUGUGGACAGCAGCAGAGCCAGCAGUGAGCAAGGAGAGGAAGAGAUGGAGGUGGACAGUAACGAUGACCAGGAUGAAGACAAUGAGCAAAAAAUGAACGCAGGAGCGCCUUUCUCCCAGGCUCUGUCCACUCUGACCUCACUCAGGCCAGGCGAAAUCCCUGAUGCGGCCUUCAUUCACGCCGCUCGUAAACGUCGGCAGAUGUUUCGGGAGCUGGGGGGAGACACGCCCCUGGUGGAGGCGGAGGCGGCGGGGAAGCGGCUGGUCCGGGAGGGCGAGGGGGGAGUGAGCGAUGAAGACGAGGAUGAGAAGAGGAUCGUCUUCAGCGGAGUGAAACAGAAGACUCAGCGGCAGAAAAUAGUAGAAGAGAUUGGCAUUGAAGGAAGUGACGAUGAGGCCCUGGACACUGAUGGCCAGGACGAAGAAGUGAGCCGCUGGGAACAAGAGCAGAUAAGGAAGGGCAUCAGCAUCCCACAGGUCCAGACCAACCAGCCGGAGGAAACAAAUGUGUAUUACCCAAGUGGGUUUGACGGACAGGCCUACGGAGCCUCUUACAGCGCGCCUUACACCUACGCCCCGGUCGCAGGAGCAGACGGAGUCAAACCCGAAAAAGUCCCAUGCCCGUUAAGCUACCCUAUCCCUAGUAGUGAUCUAGGUCCCAUCACUACUGCUCUGGUAAAGAAACGCCUUGUGGACAGGCUGAGCUCUAUGCGCCAGGGGCAUGAAGCCAACGCUAGGCGCUACGAGCAAAUCCAGGAGGAGCUGGAGACCUCGAACAACACCAUUCAGCAGCUGGAAGGUUCUUCCCAAGAGGUCGCAGACCAGUAUAAAUUCUUGCAAGAAAUGCGAGGGUAUGUUCGAGACUUGCUUGAGUGUUUCAGUGAAAAGGUGCCUGCAGUCCUGGAGCUGGAAGCUGCCAUGCACCAGUUACUGCGGCAACGGGCGGCCCGGCUCGUCCAGAGAAGACAGGAUGAUAUAAAAGAUGAAUCGUCGGAGUUUUCAAGCCAUUCAAAUAAGGCCGUGAUGGCCCCUAAUCUGGAUUCCUUUGGCCGCGACCGCGCUGCCUAUCAGGAGCACGCCAAGCAGAGGAGAAUCGCAGAGAGAGAGGCCAGACGGACCCGGCGCAGACAGGCCAGGGAGCAGAGCGGAAAGAGGGCCGAACACAAAGAAGGACUGUCCAGCGACGAUGAGGAGACCUCCACUGACAUAACCAGCUUCAGUCUGGAGAGAGAUCGCAUUUUGAAAGAGUCGAAGAAGGUCUUUGAAGACGUCUUUGAGGAUUUCCAUUCUCUGGACAGUAUCAAGUCUCGUUUUGAAGAGUGGAGGAAGCUCUAUUUUAACUGUUACCGGGACGCCUACAUCGGCCUGUGUCUGCCCAAACUCUUCAGCCCGCUCAUCCGCCUCCAGCUCAUCCCGUGGUCCCCUCUGGAGAUGGACUGCCCUAAUUUUGAGUACAUGCUGUGGUUUGAGUCCCUACUGUUCUACGGCUGUAAAGAGCAGGCCACUGUGGACAAAGAGGACAUUGACCUGGGUCUGUUGCCCUCCAUCGUGGAGAGGAUCGUCCUCCCCAAACUGGCAUUCUUGGCAGACCAGGUGUGGGAUCCCCUCUCGAGCAGUCAGACCUCCAGACUGGUUUCUUUUAUGCACAAACUGAUUAAAGGUUACCCUACCGUACUACACGGGGAGAACCAUAACACACAGGAAGUCCUGAGGACAAUUGUGUUACGAACACGACGCACUCUCGAUGACGACAUCCUCAUGCCUCUGUAUCCCAAAAGUGUGAUGGAGAACAGGAACUCAGGCCCGUACUUGUUUUUCCAGAGGCAGUUCUGGUCCUGCGUCAAGCUCCUGGGUAACAUCUUACAGUGGAAUGGCAUUCUGUCUGUCUCCACCCUGAAAGAGCUGGCUGUGGACAGCACCCUCAACCGCUACAUCCUCUCUGCCCUGCAGAACACGGAGGCCGGGGAGGACAGUGUGGAAAAGAGCAGAAGAGUGGUGGAUUGCUUCCCUGCGCAGUGGUUCAGCAGCCUGAAGGGGCAGCAGACUCUUCCUCAGCUGGAGAACUUCUGCAGAUACCUGAAGCACCUGGCCAGCACACUCUAUCGCAGCGGCAUAGGAGGCACAGACAUGGAGAAGAGAAACACCAGGGAACACAUAAAGGAGGUGGUAAAACUCUUAGGACGUCUCAACGCUCUGGACCAUGUGAUCGAGGUCGCGUCAGAGCACGGCAUUAAAGACAUAAAGACUCUACUGGAGAGCAAGUGAAAGCACCGAAGAGAAAAGCGACCAAGGAGACUCAGCCCUGUCCCACUUAUCGUUUGUUUGUCGGCCCCGUGUAUAUAUAUUGUUGAUAUUGUACAUGUGAAUAUGACGAGGGAUUGAACUCCUUUUUUUCCCCCGUCUUCUUUUUUUGCUUCUGUCUGUGCUUGAAAGCACAGGUGCUUUGCCGGAAUGUUCCAAAAGCUGCAUUUAACAAGGGAAACUAGACAAAAGCUUUUUUUGUACAGAAGUUUUGGAGCCCAAUGUAAAGAUAUUUUUUUGUAGACAUACACACAUGACACUAGUCAGUCUGAUGAACUUUGAGUAAUUGAGUAAUUCACUGAGGUAUGAGCGAAAAUCCAGUGGUAUGUGUGAACUGUAUUAGGCUUAAUGAGGGUGUAUACCAGCUCUAUGAGCUGAAGAGGAAGUCUCCUGUUAAAGAUGGAUUAUUUCAGACUACACGGAACUCUUAACGCUUAACGGACUACUAAAUAAAGUGUCCCUGGUCAUCGACGCUUUAAGACGAGACACGAGUAGCCUGGCUCUGUUUGGAGUGUAAUUUUCUCUGUCCAGCCCUCGUUAAAAGUCGUUAUGAAAUUUAAACUUUUUUGUUUGUUUGUUUGUUUUUUACUUUUAAACAAAUGAAUAAAUAAGAACAAAAGAAACAGAAAAAAUAAUGUGUUUGAAAUGUCAGUUUUAACAAUAGGUACAUCUGAUUGAUUGAUUGAAAUUAGCAUGUCGGCUCUUCUCUGAAAACGUCGCUUGGUCAUCUCAUCACUGACUAAAACUUGUGCCAAAACGUUCCGUUACUAACCCACCAUUGCAUACAGACAUGAUUACUCUUUUCUACUUUCUUUCUUUUUUUCUUUCAUCAGUGGACGUGUUUUGUGUGCAUCUUCGUUUUACUGUAUAUUGUUUUUCAAGAUUGAGGAACAUGUUUUAUUUACGUCUAAAUAAAGAUGU